ACCUUAAUAACAAACAAGAGAACAAUACAAUUAUUUCAAAGAUUUUUGUUCAGCCUCAAGGAACAACCUGGAGGUUAUUCUGUCAAAGGGAAGGAUUUCUAUGUAUAAUAGGAAAAGGUGUGUGAUGGAAACAACGUAGUUAAAGGGAGCAACUGGAAUUUUAAACAAUUAAAUGAUUGACUCGCAUGCAUUGCAAGCUAGAACAACUGUAUCAGCUCAACACCUUAGCAGUUACUAACUAGAAACUUGCCAGGACCACCACUUCCUUUUCUUUACACUAAAACCUUAGUUGGCAAAACCCCACCAGUGCAAUUCUCAGUUAGGAACCGCUAAAAUAAAAACCCUCAAGAUGCCUAACAUCAGAGGAGCACAGAGAGAAUGAUAUAACCAUUCUUUAAAAAACUCCAAAAUUCUGUCUGCAUUACACCUAACUUCAGGAAAAAGUCCAAGAUACUAAAUGACAACAGAAGAAGAGUGGCCAACAAAGAGCAAGAAGGGAAAUUCAGUGAAACAAAGCUGAAUGAGAGAUGCUCCAAGAAAGAAAGAAAAACCACAGAAAAACCACAACACCAUGACAAAUGACAGAAGUGGUACUACUUUACCGUUUCACCACCCAGCACAAAUGGAUGACACACAGAAACAGUGGAAAAAAGAAAAAAUUGAAAAAACCCAUCCUGAACCUCGAACACCCAAACAAAACACUGUCCCAAGACCACCACAGCCACCAGCCCAGACUGGAAAGCACGGGCGGAAACUCCCAGCAAUCAGAAAGCGAUGAAGGGAAAGCUGCUGCCCUACAAAGCCGCACGCCUGGCAGGACCCCAAGCACAGCCACCACAGCGCAUCAACAGCAACACCCAGCCUCACCAGCCUCCUGACCAGCACCACUCGACAGCACCCACACCCCCAGCAUGGCGGCGCCCGCAGACCCACAGCCACGCCUGCCGCACGCAGCCCUGGCGCUCCUGCUCCUCCUCACCGCUCUCGCCACCAGCCUCGCCUGCCAACAGCUCUGGACACACGACGACGACACCUUCCCUGGCGACGCCCUGCGCCUCCUCCAGGACAUGGCCCCUGGCCACACACAGCCCUGCCACCUCCAAGAGCUGCCCUUCUUCCCCGAAACCCUCCCGCUCAACAAUCUCCACCCGCGCCAAGCCGCCGCCACCGCCCUACGCAUCCUCCAGCACCUCUUCCACACCCUCAGCACCAACAGCACCCGCCAGCACUGGCCCGCACAGCCUCGCAACGACCUCCUCAACAAACUCCAGCACCACAUCCACCGCCUCGAGCAAUGCCUCCCCGACAGCGCCGCGCUCUUCAAAGGACCACGCAACCCGCUGCUCACCAUCAACAAGUACUUCAGGGACAUCCAGCUCUUCCUCCACGCCCACAACCACAGCGCCUGCGCCUGGGACCACGUCCGCCUCGAAGCUCGCGCUGCUUUACAGCACCUCCACAGCCUCGCACGCACCAUGCGCCGCUAGCACAAACACCCACACACCCACCCACACCCACCACGCUCCCACACCUACGCCCCAAACCCACCUCACCUCGCUAGCCCGGGACAACGGACACGGCUCUCACCACCGCGCGCCACCGCAGCCUACAACCACGGACACUCCAUUGAUACAGCCUCUCCCAGGCACUCACACACGGGACUUUUUCUACUUAUUUAUGUACCCACUUAUUUAUUCAUUUGUUGAUUUAUUUAUUUAAUUAUUUAUUCACCUAUUUAUUUUUCUACUUAUUCAUUCAUUUGUGCCACACAAAAUAAAGACCUAUUACACAACGCUUGCCACUGCCUCUCGUAUCCCUAGCACUGCAGACACUCUUUGCGCCAGGGCAAAGCACUCUCCACUCAACACCU